GCGAAGGCAGGCGCUCAGUCGGGAGACUCAGAAACAAAGAUUUAUCUUAGCGUUUCUAGUUUGUUCGGCCCUGCCGACGAGCCGUGUAGGAUUUUGGAUCUAGGCUGAUGUUAUGUCCAAGAACUUGAAAAAAACAGGAGUUCCCAGCAGUCAGAAGCAGAGCCCGGCAGUGUCAGAUGGGGAGCUGAACAUGGCCCAGCAGCAGGGGCGAGGCAGGGGCUACAGCCCAAACUGGGGAUCAAGUUCACCGAGGGAGUCGAGUGACCGGGGCAGGGUGGCCAGCUGGGCCGUCAGCUUUGAGAAACUCCUCGAGGACCCCACCGGGGUGUUCUAUUUCACAGUUUUCCUCAAGUCAGAGGUGAGCGCAGAAAACAUCCUGUUCUGGCAGGCAUGCGAAAAGUUCCGGAAGAUUCCAAACAGCCAAAAAGAAGAGAUGAGUCGAGAGGCCCGUUCCAUCUACGACACCUACCUUUCGAACUGCGCUUCUCACGCUAUCAAUAUCGACGAAAAAGCUCGAAUUCUGGAAAGCGACCUGGAAUCUCCCAGUCCGGGCAUGUUCCAGCCAGCUCAACAACAGAUCUUCAAGUUGAUGAAGUUUGACAGCUACGCACGUUUCGUUCGCUCGCAACUCUACCGCAACUGCAUGCUGGCCGACAUGGAAGGCGGGCCGCUGCCGCAGAUUGGUCACGUGACCAGGAUCCCAGGGCCGGGCAGGAGUGGACCAACUGACAGCUCUUCUCUUGACGACAAGAGGAAGAAGAAAGCGAAGCCUGGGAAAUCUCUGCCGUUUGAUGACGAGGACAGCAUGCAGAGGAGGAAAGGCGCGGCGGAGAGGAGGCCAUGGGACAAGCAGCGCGACAAGAGGGGAUCGUGGGGUGCUGACUUCUACGAUCAUUACGCAGCCUUGUGCUCAGAGUCACAGGGUGUGGUGAGGCCGUUGACCGCCAUGGAGAGGGUCUCUCACCAAGGCCAAUCAGAGCUCGAGCGGUUAAGGCCCCGCAAUCGAGAGAGUGCUGCAUCCGGAGGGUUCGCGCCAAAAGAAGGGUACUGCUGCGUGUUCUUCCCCGAUGGAACAGCUUCCCUGGCGAUGACACAGCCCGGAGUGUCUGUGAGGGAUAUGCUGACAGGGCUGUGUCGGAAGAGACAAAUUCCCCUGCGUGAUGUCAUCAUCUACCUCCGGGGCGAGGACAAGAGACAUCUUUCACUGGACCAGGACAGUUCUGUGCUCAAGGAGCAGCAGGUCAUUCUUGAGUUUCAAGUGGCUUUUCUUUUGGAGAUAGCGUUCACCGGGAAGAUUACCGGCGUUGUGGUGAAAAGCAGCAAGACUCUUGAGGAGGCGCUGAGACCCGUUCUCGAGAAGCACAGCCUGCAACCUCAGGACGUUGUUGUCACCAUAAGUGGGGAAAAGGAGCAGCUGAACAUGACCAUGGAGGUCUCCUCUCUGGCAAACAAGCAGCUGCAGCUGGAGCGAGUCGAAGGUGAGACAUUUACACUGUUUUCGAUUUCAUUGCCAGGUAACAGUCUGAACAGCAGGCCAAAUGUCACUUCCUCAGCUGCCGUCCCAGAGAGGCCGCCAGCAGGCCCCAGAGACACAGUGGCCGCCCCACCCCUGCAGUCAGAGAGGCUCCGACACAACAACAGGCGUAGAAAUCCAGGGGUCCGGAGGACUUACGACAUGGAUGGACUCAUGGAGCUGCUGACCAGAGCGCAGUUCUGCAGCGCCGACGACCAGCGGGGACUCCUGUGCAAGGAGCACCUGGAGAUGCCCCCGUUCCUGCAGCUCCCCUUGGAGGAGUGUGACGAGCAGGAGGAGGCGCCGGAGGAGGCGCUGGAGGAGGAGAAGGACCGCAGGGCCUCGUCGUCCCUUCCGUACCCCGAGGCUGGGGUCGCGAACCCCAGAUCGCCCUCCUUUGAGCCCGAGAGUCGCUUCCUUUGCCCGGACUCCGCCAGGGAAACGGUCGUUUGAUCGCCUCGCACCUCGGCCCCAAAAACUGUUCCGUCCCUUCAUCGUGUUUCCUCCUAUCGUCCAAGCUCUCUUUACGCCGGUGACCCGGGCUUUUGAGGAACAGAUCUGCCAGAAAUGUACAUUUUCAGCAAUGGAAAAAAAGAGUCAAAAAUCGGAAUUAACGUGUCUGUUCUCUUGCUCUAGUAAUAAACCCGCCCUAUUAAAUGCUCAUUUUAUAGGACCGUACAAGUGUUUUUAUGAAUGCAAAUUGAAACUCGUGUAAGAACUGUGGUUUUGGCACUUUUGUUAUCCGCUAUCGUGAUAAUAUACUUUAUCUGCUCAGAUUAUGAAACAUGCUUUCUACCUCCAAUGUCAUUGACUGGUACUGAAUUCGUCAUUAAAUCAGCA